AGAGAAAGAGAAAGAGAAAGAGAAAGAAAGAGAGCUACCUUGUCUCUCACCCUCACGGUGUUUCUCUUCUUCUUCUUCCUCUUUCUUGUACCUCUUUCAAAGUUCGAAAAGCCAUAUCUAUCAAUUUUUUUUUUUAUUAUUGUGAAUCCGUUCGUUUCUGUGAGGGGACAGAAUCCAUUGUUAAGAUUCCUUGGAGGUUCCCUCAACUCUCUUUCAUUCUCCUUUUUGGUCCUUUCUGUUCCAUCUCUCCCACUUCAACCUUGCUUCCCGAAUCUGGAAAAAAAAUUCGUUCUUUCUAAAUAGGUCGGUGAACAUACAAAUCCAAUGGCAAAUAAAAAUCGAUUGAGUUCUGGUUCUAAAUACAAAGUAAAGAGGGUCCAUUAUUGUGUGUUGCUAGCAUUAUUGGUGUCAUUAUGUGUAUUAGGGAUUGUAUUCCAUGGUAGAAAGAUUUCUUAUUUCUUCAGACCCUUAUGGGACAAUCCUCCUAAACCCUUCACACGCAUACCUCACUACUAUGCUGAAAAUAUAACCAUGGAUCACCUCUGCCAUCUCCACGGUUGGUCCCUUCGAUCCCACCCUCGCCGCGUCUUCGAUGCUAUCAUAUUCAGCAAUGAAUUAGACAUGCUUGAUAUAAGAUGGCACGAGCUUCAACCCUAUGUCUCUAAAUUCAUCAUCCUCGAGUCCAACACCACAUUCACAGGCAUUCCAAAGCCUCAUUACUUUGAAUUAAACAGAGAAAGAUUCGCAUUCGCCAAAGAAAAGACUGUCCAUGGCACCUUCCCGGGAAAACUUGCAGUGCAAGGAUCAUAUGAGGACCCUUUUCUGCUGGAGGGAAGACAACGCGCCGCGAUGAAUUCGUUGAUCCGGCGAGCAGGGAUAUCCAAUGGAGACAUCCUUAUAAUGGCUGAUACAGACGAGAUUCCAAGCCCACAGACACUGAAGCUUCUACAAUGGUGUGAUGGAAUCCCUCCAUUGAUGCACCUUGAGCUUAAGCACUACAUGUAUUCGUACGAGUUCCCGGUGGACUACAGCAGCUGGCGAGCGACGGCACAUGUGUACUCGCAGCACACUCAGUACCGGCACUCGCGGCAGACUGACCUUAUGUUGGCAGAUGCAGGGUGGCAUUGUAGCUUCUGCUUCCGGAAAAUGUGGGAAUUUGUGUUCAAGAUGACUGCAUAUAGCCACGCAGAUCGCGUGAGGUACAAAUCGUUCCUUAGCCAUUCAAGAAUUCAGGACAUAAUUUGCAGGGGUGAUGAUCUCUUUGACAUGCUUCCUGAAGAGUACACCUUCAAGGACAUCAUCAAGAAGAUGGGGUCCAUUCCCCCUUCUGCUUCUGCAGUUCAUCUUCCUGCUUACUUGAUUCAGAAUGCUCAUAACUUUAAGUUCCUUCUUCCUGGAGGUUGCUUGAGAGAAACACAAACUCCACCUUAGGGUAACAAUGUUAAUUAAUUAGGUCAUGCUAGGUUAAUAUAACAACAAUGUAUAUUUCUAGUUCUAAUUAAACUUUUUAACAAUUUUCAUUUCUAUAACUGCCUGC